AUGAAGGGGUUUUAUCGUUGCUUACUGUUUCAAUUUCUUCAACAGUGUCCGCAGCUAAUUACACAGCUCCGCGGGUAUUUCUUGCACUCUUCAUUGUUUUCAGAGCAGAUUGAUUCCGAUGUUGGCAAUCUGCAGCAGGCUUUUCUCGACGUCCUAGAAGCUCUUGUAGUCGAUCACAACCUCUUUCUUGUCAUUGAUGGUGUAGAUGAAUGUGAGCAAGUUGAUGGGCAGGAUGAACUCAUUGAUGUCGUUCUCCAAGCAUCGGAACUCCCCAAUGUCAAAAUUUGUGUCUCAAGCCGGCCGGAGAAUAUCUUCAAGGACGCUUUCCAUCAUUGUCCGCAGCUCCGAGUCGAAGACUUGACCUUUACAGAUAUCCACUACUAUAUUACGUCGCAACUUCACCGCAGCCGCAGGUGGGUCAUCAUCGAGGCAGAGGACAAGAGUAGAGCAUUCGAGUUUACAAUGCAGAUCAUUUACAUGGCGUCGGGUGUCUUCCUGUGGGCCACUCUUGCGAUGCGUGACCUCCUUCAAGCUCUACGGGAUGGCGAUUCUCUCGACCAGCUGUAUGCAAAAUUGAAGCUAUUACCAGCCGACCUCGAUAGAUACUUCCAAUCCAUCUUGUCUUCCAUCAAAUUUGAGCAUCGAAGGGAAGCUUCCACAUUGCUACAGCUUGCUUUGUUCAAUGAGGACAAAUUCGGCUCUAUCUUUUCACUCCGUCUGAUCGACACAUUCUUCGUCGCCGAGAGCGACGAGGAUUUUUGCCUUGGACCCAGCUUUGAACCUUAUUGUCGUGAUCUUGCGGACGAGGCUGUCCUCCGGUCCAGAACGGACUCAUCAUUGCGCAAGUUGAGUAGCAGAUGCAAAGGCCUUCUGGAGUCUGUUCACUGGAAACAAAUCCAAGAUUCCGAUGACAUGACCUUCGCUGAAAGGAUAGAGCUUGUGCACAACACCAAAUUGGUCUUUCUGCAUCGUUCAUUGAGGGACUUUCUGCUGCAGCCACAGAACCAGUCGCUUCUGUAUAGUUACACCAAUGACAGAGCCAUCGAUGCGAGACAUUAUCUGAUCAGUGCACGGCUCGUUCAGUUGGUUGCUCUGACCUCGAUUGGUUUCAGUGAUGAUCUUGCGGUCGGGCUUGCGAGCCAUCUUCUUGGAGCUCUUUCCGUUGAUGAGGUCAAUGACAAGACCUCAGCUAUUGCCUCACUGGCCAAGCCUGCCAUCGAAUGGCUUGCGCACGCUGCAGACGUCACUGGCCCUGACUACAGCUAUUGGUACAUCAAUGGCAGUCUGGAAGCAUGGGACCUUGAACGCAGUGAUUUUCUGACUCUAGCCAUUGACUUUCAGCUUAGUUCUUAUGUGCUGGACAAUAUGACAAGUUACUAG